UUGAACUUAUUUUAUUCGCCGUUUACGCCUUUAAAGUGAUUUUUCGAUCCGCUUUUAUCUCACCUGGAAAAAUCGCUUGGAAAAAUCGCCUGGAUUACAACAACUAGGUUAUCGCGUAUAAAUUAUCGGAAUACAUCAAGAGGAAAGAAAUUUGCAAUAGUGAACCGAAUGAAGAAAAAUAAGAUGAUAAGGAUAUACAUGAGUGGCAGUAGUGACAAACAGCAAAAAGCUAAGAUCAGAGAGAAAUAACGCGAACUUCAUUAGCCCAUUUAUUUAAGGAAAGAUGUGUCGUUAGAUUAGCAUUCAACAUUCGACUUUGUAAAGUACAUGCCAUCCAUUCGCUAGAGAGUGCGAGUGAGUCAAUUACUUUAAUCGUUCUGCUCUUCAAUCAGACAGUACCAGUCGGAUCUUCUAUUGGAUUCGAUCAGGAUUGAAUCAAUGGAGUCAAACAGCUUCGAGAUUAUGUUAAUAACAAUACCACCAGACACCUUCUUAUCGGGUUUAACUGAAAUACCGUCCUUGAAAAUCGGAAACAAAACGUUCGAGCUCGAAGUAGGUCCUCCCACUCCAGAAUUGCAACAAGUAGCCCAAAAGGAGCUCAGAGAAAGUCCCGAAGUUCAAAAAGAAGCAAUAGCACGCUUGAAGGAAUUAUUAAAAGCGGAGACGGAUCUCAAAUGCCCGUUGGACAACGAGCCGUGGCUGAUUAGGUUUUUGAGACCAUGCAAGUAUUAUCCCGAGUCAUCGCUCAAACUCAUCAAGCAUUAUUACAACUUCAAAGUUAAACACGCGAACUUCUACGACAAUUUGAAACCGAGCAGAGAGAAGAAUGUAUUUGACCAUAACGUCUUGACGGUACUGCCGAUUCGCGAUCAGCACGGUCGACGCAUAUUGAUACUCGAGCUCGGCAAAAAGUGGAAGCAUAACAAAUGCAGUCUGGACGAGGUCUUCAAGGGAUGCGUGCUAUAUCUGGAGGCUGCCUUACUGGAACCAAGCACGCAGAUCGCCGGUGGGAUCGUCAUCUUCGACAUGGACGGUCUCACCCUUCAGCAAACUUGGCAGUUCACUCCGCCGUUUGCCAAAAGGAUAGUUGAUCUGCUUCAAGAAGCAGUGCCAUUAAGAGUAAAGAAUUUACAUAUCGUGAACCAACCAUAUGUGUUCAACAUGGUGUUUGCUCUAUUCAAGCCAUUCCUAGGAGAGAAAUUGAAGAGUAGAAUAAUAUUCCACGGUUCCGAUCGAAAAUCAUUGCAUAAAUACAUAUCGCCGAAAUAUCUGCCGUCGCAAUAUGGCGGUACCAUGGAAGUCGCUUUGGUAGACGGACCUACAUGGUAUAAAUUGCUGAUACAAUGCGAAAAGGAAUAUGAGGCUGUCAAUACGUACGGUUACAAAAAGAAAUAACCUCUCAUUAAAUUAAUCACAAUUAAAGCUAUACAAAUAUUUGGAUUUAAAUUAUUGGGGAAAAUAAUUAGAGAAGAGGAUUAUUUGGAUUUAAAUUAUUGGGGAAAAUAAUUAGAGAAGAGCAAAAUUUACAAGGCGAAGUGUCAAUUUAGAAAGAAUUACGAUGAUUACGGAUCAUUUUUGUUCACUUGUUAAAACCAAUGAUUCAAAUGUUGCUCACUCUGUAAUUUUAUUUAUGAUAUGUUGUUGCAUAAGUCCUUUUUCUUUCCUUCCUUCCACUAGAUAGUCUGAACAAAAACUAUCAAUCUAUAAGAUUAAGCGAUAAAUUAUGAGAAGUGACAAUGCGUUACAUUGUGUAUUUCUUUACAAUUUCUUCACAAUUUUUUACUGCAAAAAUUAUCUAUUAAGUAUCAGUGAUCUUAUCGGAAUGAGA